CACCUGGUACUGCAAAUGACCAUGAAGCAAUCAAUAUUAUCAAUCAUUUAAUAAUUAAUCACAAUAACACAUCAAUCAAUCAAUUUACAAAUUGGUCAAAAGUAAAAUCAAAAAUUAUUAAAACUCUAAAAAACUAUCAAUAUAAUAAAGACAAACAAACUCAACGUGCAAAACAAAUUCUAUUAGAAAAAGCAGCAAAAUUCAAACAUCUUGAAGAACAAUGCAUUGCUGAAUACAAUAUUAUAUGUAACAAAAACAAAUUACAUCAAAACCACACAAACAUAUUAAAAAAACAUAUAAAUGGAGAAAUACCUAGUAAGUAUCUAUCAGCAAUACUAAACAAAAGAUCAAAAGAUGCAAAAAUUGAAUCAAUCCAAUAUGGUAACAUCAUUACAUCCGACCCCGACCAAAUUGAAAAUGCGUUUGUUGAAUUCUACACAAAUCUGUAUAGCUUACAAAUAUGUUGUCCAAUUACUCACCAGCUCAUGCUAAACACAUGGCCCAUCAUAAAAAAUGAAAAUUGGAAUGAAAAUCCUCACCACAUCACAACAGAAUUCACCGAAGGUCUUAUACACACAAUAUACAAGAAAGGCAACCCCUUACUCAUAUCAAAUCGUCUUCCCAUUACACUUCUAAACACUGAUUACAAGAUCCUCUCAAAAGUAAUCAAUACACGUCUUCUGAGAAUACUUCCUUUCAUCAACAACAACCAAACUGGUUUCGUACCCCACAGAUUCAUCAUAGACAACAUCAUCAACAUCAAUGAAUUAAUCAACUACCUCAAAUCUAAAAACCUCCCUGGUAUCAUCACACUAUUUGACUUAUUUAAAGCAUUUGAUUCUAUCUCUCACGAUAGUAUUAAAAGAACAUUAAUUCAUAUUGGUAUACCAAUAAAAUUAAUAAAUUUAAUCCACAAGCUAUUAUCUGACUCACAAGCAAAAAUUUUAAUUAAUGGUAAAACGACCAGAAAAUUCGAUAUUAAAAGAGGUGUAAAACAAGGUGACCCAAUCUCAGCCACUUUAUUUGUAAUUGUAAUUGAAAUAUUAGCAAGAACAAUAAAUGCAGACAAUACAAUAAUUGGAUUACCAAUUUCACCCAAUCCACAAAUUAAAAUCAAAUUUACCCAAUUUGCAGACGACUCUACAACCUACAACAUCAACUACGAACAACAACAACAAUCAAUCAAACAUUUCGAUAAUUUCUGCGCUUCAACAUCAUCAUCAUUAAAUUUUGACAAAAGUGCAAUAAUAGAAAUCAACCCCCACAAAAUCACUGAUAAACACAUAAUAAACAACAUUCCACAAUCAAAAAGAAUACCAAUAACCAAAAAAGAUCAAUCAGAAAGAGUCCUUGGCUAUUUCUUUAAUCAUAAUGGUUUACAUAGGAAAUUACCAGAAACAAUGAAAACACUGAUUAAAUCAUUAGUACUAUGGAAAACUAGUGGAACAACAUUAAAAACAAAAACAACCAUCAUAAACACCUACUCACUAUCACCAAUAACAUAUUUAUCAUUCCUUGAAGAAUUUACAAAAGAUGAAGAAAUUCAAAUUAAUAAAUUAAUCUCAUGGUUUAUGAAUUCUCCCGCAAAUUCUGAAUCACCAACUCUCGAUACCAAUUCCAUUGAAAAAAACACAUCAACCAUCCAAUCACGUGCAAAAAUACCUUUGAUGUGUUAUGAUAGAUCGUUAAAACCAUUAAAAGAAGGUGGUUGGGGUAUGUGGAAUAUACAAUUACGACAAGUUGCUCAAAAGAUUUGGAUAUACAACAGAUUUUUACAAAUGCAUAAAUCUGCAAACAAUUCACUAUACAUGAUAAGUUGGAUGGAUCAAAUCAUCAACAAAUCAAUCUCUUCUCCAUACCUUAUAAAAAUCAAAAAAGAAUGGGAAAACUAUGCAACUCAAAUUGGACAUCUAAAAGAUAAAGUUCAAAUCCUACAACCAAUAUUAAUAAAAAAUCAAACCUCUCAAACAUUAAACACAAAUAAUAUUUCACUACCACCAACACUCAAAGAAAUCUACUCGACAAUACUCAACAAUCACCAAUGUAAAUCAAAAGACUAUAUUGGCAAGAAAUAUUCAGAUCUACUUCUUACUUCGCACCAACAAUCAAUACAACUAUUAUGGAAAUACACAUACGACCAACUAUUUGUCAAAAUUCAAAAAUUAAAAGAUCCAAAAGGCCGUGAUACAAUGCAAAGAUUCCAUGCUAGAUGUCUUCCGAUUAAUCAUCUACACAACAAAGUUUGCCCCAUUUGCAACAAUGAAAUGAAUAAUGAUCCCUAUGGUCAUUUGUUUUUCAAUUGUCAGCACACAAUCAACUUCAUAAACUACGACAAAUUAAAAUAUUUUAUAUAUAAAAAUUGCAAUGGAAACAAAAACUGGUCACUAACAAAAAACCAAACAACAAAAUUAUACACACUCAUUUAUAAACCACAAACAAACAACAAAGCAUUUAAACCAGAUCCAACUAUCAAUAUUAAUUUUCAUUUUGCAGAAAACGCACAAUAUAAAAAAUACAAGUUCAACUGGAAUUAUAUAAACACAAAUCUUGAUCUAGUCAGAACACAUGCAUAUUGGAACAUAAUCUCAUUAGUUAUUCACCAAAUAUGGAUAUGGUUAUGCAAAUCAUUAUUUGACAUCAAUAUAACUCAAUCAAUUGAAAAUUGGAACAACCAAAUAAACAACACAACACUAGAUUAUGAUAUAUUAAAAUCAAAAUGGCACAGGCUAAUAAGAUUGGAAUAUUCAAGAACAUUAUCAACUUUAACCAAUACUCAAUUAAAAACAACCUCACAAAAACUCAAAAAGAAACCCAAUGGUCCGAAACCAUCAAAAAAUUUAAAAAAGAAUGGAGCAUAA